AGCGUUUUUCGCGUCUUUCACUCGACCGUUCAUCUUCACCUUGUACGUGGCAUCUUCGUCGUCAACUUGAAGGUAUGUCGACGGAUUUCUCGCUGGUCGAUCCCAAAGGGUGGGAAUAUGAUCUUCAUUCGGUAUAUUCUGCCUACGUAGGCCACUUCCAGCUUCACAACGUUCCUUGGUAUGAGAAAUCUUGGGGACAUCUGUUUUCGUCCUUCGAAGCCUUUUUGGCGUUUUCAUGGCCGGUCAUUGUGGUAACGGAUGUUGUUACGGGAAAGGCUCACAUUGUGACAAGGCCUACCUCGGUCGGGGCAUUUCUGAAGAUGAUAAAGACUCGCUUUGGAGAGACGUUGCCGGAAGCUGCUAACAUCCAACAAAUUGUACCCUUUGAAGCCUCUCAACGACAACUUCGACACGUGCACGACUAUAUGACCUAUCGAAAGUUGUACAAUGCGCUUCCUGCUGCCGUUGUCUCAGCGAGAAAGCAGCGAAUUAAAGCAGGAGAGCCGAAAGUGAUCAGAGAACUAUGGGAGAGCAGAGAACACACAUUUCUAGCUAUCGACUUUGAAUGGAACGAGAGGAAUGACAGGACAAUCUUGGAGUGGGGAUAUGCAGCUGUUAGAUGCGGACAUUUGGAUGCUGUGGGUCAUUGGCCGCCUAUACCAGACGAAAACUACAGGAAAGGACACUACAUCGUUUCAGAACAUGUGAACAAGAUCGUGAAUAAACACUCUCCUACGUAUCCCUGGCAUUAUGCGUUCGGAGAAAGCCAAGCAGUCUCGAAAACCAAGCUACCGUCAGUAAUAGAAACUAUCAUCAGCAGCUUCGCGAGCCCGGACUCCGACACCCUCGCUAAUAAUCUUGUACUUGUUGGGCAUGGAAUUAGCGGCGAUAUAGCCCGUCUCGAAGAAAUGAAGAUUAAGCUCCCACACAACAUCUACACGAUUGACACCGCAGUUUUUGAACGCAAGUUGUUUUCUCAGGGCCACCGUCAAGUCGUUCGACAAGCAGGUUCAACUCUUUCCCUCGAGAACCUUCUCCGCACAUUUACACUCAACCCGUCGCCAGACGGGCGAAGGUCGCCGCUCAUGCUGCCACCGGUACAGUUGAAUAACGCCGGAAAUGAUGCGUUUAUGACCUUGUGGGCUUUGCAGAUGCUUUUGGACCCCAACGGUACCAAAGCACCCAUAACAAAACGCAAGAGAGUUCACUCGAAUCCGUUGAUGGUCAUGAACGGAGGGUCGAUGCACAUGGCGAUGCCCAUGACCGUUCCUAGCAUGACUUUGCCGAUGCCGAUUUCUAUGAACGGCGGAUCUUUACCAACGACACCGAAUAAGAUGUCGGUGUAUGAUUUAGCGGGGGAGUUUGGGCAGAUGGGGAGAAAACCUACACCUAGAUCAGGUUCCAGAUCACCGGGAGGGGGGAACCUGCCACUGAAUGGAAGUAUGCCAGAUGGCUCUGGUUCGAGGAUGUCUAGGGGGUUGAGCGGGUUUGAUUGGGGUACGACGGGCGUACAAGGAUGAGGGCGGGAUGGACCGUUUCUCUUUUCUUUGGGACUACAGUAGACCUUCUCCCUACUGCUUCGGAUGACAUGGAUUCUCUGCAUUGACUCCAUCUUGGAAUUCACAUAUGGACACCAUUGUAACCUGUUCUUUGUUUCGGACCACUUUCAUUUGGGCCAAGUGAGGUGUUUCUUCACUGAGUCUUCUCACCUCAUUUCUGGUUGCAAUUUUUGGACUUGUGUAUAAAUUGUAUUUGUUCCAUGUAUCUACAUGCCUAUCUCUACUACUCAGACU